AUGCCGACGCCGGGGAAGAGGUUCCGGAGAGCUCGGAGUUUGGCCUCGGAGGAGUCGGAAGCGGAGGAGAUGGAGGUGCAACUGCAGAUGGAGAAAGUGGGGGGCUUUUGGGAAAUAGAGAGCAGCGACGGCGGAGGGAGUGAAAUAGGAUCGCUCGGCCUCCCAAUUUGCUUCCUCUCUACUAUCGAACCCGAUCCUUCCUCCCAUUCCCUAAUCGGUCUCCACCCAAUCCCUAAUCGAUCUCCACCUUCAUCUCUCCUCCCAUCUGCGCCUCUCUCUUAUCUCUCCUAUGAAAGGGUCAGUCUCCACCCUCAGACUCUCCUGAGUCUCCUCUCAUCUGCGCCUCUCUCUCAUCCCACCAAAAACCUAAAUCGAUCCAUAAGAAGGUUGAGGCUGAGGAGCAGCCUGAGAUUUUCGUGGCUUUUUGGCUUCUGCUGUUCCCUUCUUUGCAACGAGAUCAAGCAAUCUUUCAGUAGCCAAAGUGACACACAACAUAGCCAAAUUUGUCUGGUUAAUCACUUCUGAAUUGAGAGAAAGUUGCAAGUUGAGAAUCAGUUGUGAACUUGUUCCUGUCAGCCAAUUUCGACGGCUGAAGUUGCUCUUCAGAUGACCACGACUUCUUCAUGAAAGUUUCUGGAAAUCGGGUCUACUAUGCUGUGCUAAAAUUUGAUGAUGAUCCAACGGUUAUAUUGCCCUCAAUUAAGGUAAAGCCAUCUACUGUACUGGGAAGAAUCCUGUUUUGAUGUAUAGUUCCAAUUCCGAUUCUAAUUCGAGUUUAUGUUCCUUUCUCCUACAAAUUUAGUUUCUCCUUGAUAUGGGUCAUGUUUCCCCAUCGGCGUUGAGUUAAUAUCAUAAAGUUUUCAUCGCCUUGAGUUUACAUUAUUGAUUCGGCAAUUGGUAAGUCUUGGCUCAAUCUAUUGAAUCUCAUCCUUUCUAGUUCAAUCUUCAUAUAGAAUCUUAAGUUUUGUAAUCAUAAACAUAUAAGACUUGGUCCCUUCAAGUAAUCUGAUAUCAAACCCUUGUUAAGGUUUAUUCAUCCUUAGUGUUUAUUCAUAUCAAACCAUACCUUCUAGACUUUUAUUUAUCAAACCCAUAUGUGUCAGGACCUACCCCAAAUUUCACCCUGAAACCCGAAGUAAAUCCUGCGGGGACCACCUCGAAUGAAAGUUUACCGAAAAUUCAACAUAACCUCUCUUGAAAAUGGACAACCUUUCCUAAUAAUACCUGCAAACACUUCUGAAAAUCUAAAUCCAACUUUCAACUUCUGGAGCCUUCGUGCUCCCCAAAUCACAACACCUCCCAACUUAUUCAUUAAUCUAAAUAUAAUCUUAAAUCAAACAAUUCAUUGGUUCAGAGCAACUCUAAAAGGAAUAAAAGAGACAGAAACACAAAUAAGCGAAAGCUAUAAUACGAACUAUGUCUUGACUCCAAGUACGUUCGACCUCAACUAAGCUAACCUGCAAGCUGGGUAUUUUUAAAACGAAAGGCCCAAGGGAAAACA